ACAACUAAAUCAUCAUCACCUCCACACUCAUUCACCCUUCAAGUGCAAUUUGCUCUUCCAAAUCAUGGCUGCCGCACUGGUUCUCAAGUUUGCCUCCUUGGCCGUGAUGGUCAUGGUUUUGGGCUCUCCUUUCGCCGAUGCGGCUCUGCCAUGUGGCCAACUUACGUUUACUGUUGCACCAUGCAUUGGCUACCUGAGGAACCCUACUCCAACUGUCCCUGCAGCAUGCUGCAAUGGGAUAAGGGACAUUCUUAGGCAAGCCAAGACCGUCCCUGAUCGUCAAGGGGUUUGUAGGUGCCUCAAAUCCACUGUUUAUAACUUGCCAGGAAUCAAUCUUCCAGCUCUUGCCUCUGUCCCUGGCAAGUGUGGAGCCAAAUUGUCCUACAAGAUAAGCCCCUCCAUUGACUGCAACACGGUAAACUGAGCAGCUGGAAUUGCACGAGGGUAUUUACCCUUGUUGAGUCAGUACUUGUGUUAUGGCAAUAACUAGCAAAGAGAGAAUAAAGAGAUGGUGUAAUCUCCCCAUGAGUUGUCACGAUCCUCGCUAAGCGAUUGAACUUUAUAUGAUUAUGUUGUAUUUCGAUAAUAAUUAUAUAAUAAAAUCUCAUAUCUACGUGUAA